AUGGAAGACAGAAAUUAUUCCUUGUUGCUCCGUGAAGCCGCACAAAGUAUGGGUUCCAGCGACAAGUCCCGGAAGCGAAGAAAGCGAAACAACCCUUCAGAGACCCCAGAACCAACUCCAGAGCCAAUAAUUGUAGACACAGACAGCAGCCGUACCACUCCAAACCCCCAACAAAUUGAGUCAGUCGGCGACUCAGAUUCGGAUUCAAACCUCGAUUCCGACGAGUUCGAAGACGUGGAGCUCGGAAAUGUGUUACCAGAUCUUUCUGAGCCGGCUGCACCAAAAGAUGACUCCAUCACCAUCACCAUUAAUCACCACAAAAAAGCCCCUCCCAAAAAAGUGGUGGUGUCUCGAGACGAGCGCAGAACACGCAGACUCAUCCACCAGUGGUACAUAGUGGCGAUGAUGUGCCACGGAGCAAUUAGAAACCGGUGGUGCAACGAUUAUGUGCUUUUGGAAGCAAUGCGAAAAUCGGUUCCGGAGUCAAUUGUGGCCCUAUUAGACCAAAAGGACACCGAUGCGCUCACCAUGGUCAAGUCCCGGCGAUUUCUCGACGGAAUUCGAAACUUGAUGCUCCAUUAUUCCCGAAAAUUCACCGUUACUAGGCGUGGUUUGAUUCGCAAAAAUUGGGGAGAACUUUCGAUGGUGCAGAAGAAAUUCGAGAGAAACAUGACCUUUGACAAGUUCCAGAGAAUGGUACUUGCCCAUAACGGCUCGCGUGACCUUGGGGCUCAAGGGUUUGUGUGUCUUUUGCGUUCCUUAGGACUUCGGGCUCGCUUAGUGUUCUCAUUACAGCCUCCGGAUUACACCUCGCUAGCCGUCGAAAAGGCUCCAGAGCCGAUGGAAAACCAACCAGAACCUGUCAAUAGCACAGACGAAACCCAUUCAACAAAAGCAAAGUUUCUACUUGCUCAAAGGCAGCAGCCCACUUUUGCGGAACCCACCUCAGACCCUGUCGACCAGUCGUCCUACCCCAUCUUUUGGAUUGAGGUGUGGAACAAGUACCUGAAAAAGUGGGUCAGCAUUGACCCAAUUACCCUCAAGACAGUUGAAGUUGCUCCAAUGCGGAGACGCACUUCUUUUGAGCCUCCAAGUUCUGACCCCAGAAACCAAAUGACAUAUGUCAUUGCUUAUGAUCAGCUAGGCGGUGUGAAGGAUGUCACACGAAGGUAUAGCUAUCAGUUCAAUGCCAAAACGUCGAGGAAGCGGAUACAAGCUAGAUCCAAUGAGGAAGUUACGUGGUAUAAUCGAGUGAUAAGACAAGCAAAUUCACCAAUUCGACGGGAUAAAGUGACUUCCGUGGAUGCCUACGAGCUCAAAGAGUUUCACGAUAGAGACAAAGCUGAAGGGAUGCCCAAUAGUCUUGCUGAUUUUAAAAACCACCCAUUAUUUGCUUUGAAGAGCCAACUUCGUCUGAACGAAGUCAUCUACCCAGACGAUGCUACCAGCAAAGUAGGUACGUUUCGUUCUCGCACAAAGAAGAACUCUACUGUCAUGACGGUGUAUAAAAGAGCACAUGUGUACCAGUUGAGAUCAGCAAGAGGUUGGUAUAUGAGAGGAAGGGUUCUCAAAGUUGGAGCACAAGCAUUGAAGGUGAAGACAAAGAAAAAUGCCGAAGACGACGACGAGGAAGAUGGGAGACUCUAUGCUGAAUUUCAGACCAGUUUGUACAUUCCUCCUCCAAUUGAAGAUGGAAAAGUCCCCAAGAAUGCGUAUGGAAAUAUCGACGUUUAUGUUCCCACCAUGUUGCCUGAGAAUGGAUACUUGCUAAAAGCUGAUAAAACCACACCGUUGAAAUUGCUAGAAAAAACCGCCAGAAUCUUGCAAAUCGACUAUGCCAAGGCAGUAGUCAAGUUUGAUUUCGGUAAGGGAAGCAAAGCUACUGCUAAAGAGGGCGGAAUAGUUUUCGACGUACAAUAUAGAGAAGCCGUGGAGUUGGUUUUGGGUCAGCUUCUCGACGAGGAAAGAGAAAAGCUGGAACAAAUGGUGGAAAUGAUAGCAUUGAGAAACUGGAAGCAUUUCUUGACGAGAUUGAGAAUCUCAGAACGAUUGAUACGAGAGCAUGGAACAGUCACAGAGGAGCCAGAGAAGGUAGAGGCUGGUGAAGCUGGUGGGUUUGAGGUUGAAGCUGGUGGGUUUGAGGUUGAAGCUGGUGGGUUUGAGGUUGAAGCUGGUGGGUUUGAACAUGAAGCUGGAGGAUUUGAGCCUGAAACUGGAGGAUCUGAAGCUGGAGGAUUUCAACCUGAAGGUGGUGGGUUUGAACCUGAAGGUGGUGGAUUUGAACCUGACAGUUCCCACGAAGCUGGCACCUCAGACGCAAUCCAAGACUACAUAAACGUCAAAGAUGAAUCGCUGGACGAUUCAGUUGGUCCAAAACCUGCUAGUUCAGCGAAGCCGGACAAUUUUGGCACGAAAAACCAGGAAAAAGCCAAGGAAGAAAUUUUGAAUCUCAUCGCUGUACCAACUUCCUCGGACGAAAGCGACAUCAAUUUAAGCGACGUGAGUGAAAAAAAUAUUUUCAGGCCAAAAUCUACGAUUCAGCGACCAGUUGCGAAACAGAACAAGGUGGUUGCAAAACUACCUACAAGGCUCAAAAGUACUUUUCGCAGCCCUCAAUUGAAGAGCGAUUCUGAAGAUGCGAUCUCUGAGAUUCCUGCGAGUUUUUUCCACAAAGACUCAUCGGGCCGCCUCACUUAUAACCCACCUGGUAACGAGGUGCAUUUGGAGCCUCAGGAAGAAAGGCCUGAAUCGGGUGCGCAAUCAAAUUCCGUUAGCCCGAAAGGGGAAUUUCCGGCACUAUAUACCGGCAGCACUCUUCCUCAAGCCGUAAUUCUGAGUCUUCUGUCAAAGGGUUCAGUGGAUGACGAAUAUGGGUUUGAGUUUGACUCGGAAUAG